GAAGACGUUGCGCUUGCGAAACGUCCGUUUGGUAAGAGCGCACCGCACAUGCGCAUUGAAGCCCGAGCGGAGCGCACUCUGACAUUGGGCAGUAAACACGCUUCUCUAACACCGCACUGAACGCAGCUUUCAGAUGGGUACAUCCCUGACCACUCCAGCACCGUCCACUGUCCGAGCCGAGGCCAUGGCAGUUCCCCCCCAGGGUUGUCCCAUGCACCAGGACUCUCCUACUGUAAAAGCCUCUCCUCCGUCAGAGUGUCCCAUGCAUCAGGCCCAUGCUGUCAGAGCUCCUCCUCCCUCAGAGUGUCCCAUGCACCAGUCAUCAUCAGGCCCCGCCCACCAGGAGCGUGCCUAUGACUUUGUUAAAGGAGCCAGUGACAUUGAUCCGGCCAACAUGAUGCCCCCUCCCAAUCAGAGCCCUGCCCCAGACCAACCUUUCCCCUUGUCUGUGGUUCGGGAGGAGUCCAAUAUCCCCCGCCAUGGCACUGAGAACAAGUGGGUCUACCCCUCAGAGCAGAUGUUCUGGAACGCCAUGCUUCGCAAAGGGUGGCGCUGGAGAGAAGAUGACUUGGCUCAAGAAGAUAUGAGUAACAUAAUCAAAAUUCACAAUCGCAACAAUGAGCAGGCCUGGGAGGAGAUCCUCAAAUGGGAGGCUCUGCAUUCCCAAGAGUGCCCGUGUGGCCCUACACUGAAGAGGUUUGGAGGGAAGGCCAAAGAGUACUCCCCCAGGGCUCGCUUGCGCCACUGGAUGGGGUAUGAGCUGCCAUUUGACCGCCAUGAUUGGAUUGUAGACCGCUGUGGCAAAGAGGUGCGCUAUGUCAUCGACUACUAUGAUGGAGAGAUUAACAAAGACAACUACCAGUUCUCCAUCCUGGAUGUACGACCUGCUUUUGAUUCAUUUGGGGCAGUGUGGGACCGGAUGAGGGUGGCGUGGUGGCGCUGGACCUCCUAAUCACACACUCUUGUGGACAGAAACUGUGUUCAGAAGCUUCUCAACAACUCAACAAAUUAGACACUGCCUCAGGAUGAUGUUCCUGCUUUUGGUGGAUUAUGAACUUUGAUUCGGCGAUGAAACUAAUAAUCUUUCAUCUUCAGAAAAACGAUUCUGUCACAUUAACUGCAUCUGCAAAUAUAGCAGAGCAAACUACUCCAGACUGUAAUAUAUGAGGAAAAAAACUGCUCAAUGAAUGUGUCUGAAAAGUGAAUUAUUUUUCUUAUAGCUGUGCAUGUGUUAUAUUUUGUAACUUCAUUCACAAAACAUAUUCCAUCAGAAAUGAUUAUUACAAAUAGUAAGAAAUAUGUUUAUGCAUGUUUAAGACUUGAAGUGAGCGUCAUUGCAGAUGUUCACAGGUCUUUUACUGUCACACUUAACAUUGGACAUGGUUUUAAAUUAACUUUGAAUUAUUGCUUCACUCAUUUCUUUGAGUAUUUAUUUGAAGGUAUGAUGUAAAUGGAUUUACUGAAAAGUAUAAAUAAAACUAUCUUUUGCUUCACUAUAAA